AUGGUGAGCCUUGAUCGUUCGGCAAUCGGUGGCCUCCCUGUCUUGACCACCUUCCCACUUUCAGCACCUUCUGAUACGAUAGUUUUCGGAAAAAAUGCUCGCCCACAACCGUUCACUCUUUUGCCCCUGAAUGAGGAUCAGAAAUUCGCUGUAGACCGGGCCAAGAAAUAUGCUCUGGAGCAAAGCAUUCAAAAUGCCCUGAACAAACAGGCUGCUCAGUUACAUCAACAGGAUCUGAAUACACUGAAACGAAAUCAAGCGCUCAUACUUCUCAGCAGAAUUUACGUUGGAUCCAUUAGUUUUGAAGUGGGGGAGGACGAACUACGCAGGACGUUUGGCCCAUUCGGUCCAAUCAAGUCGGUUGCACUGAGCUGGGAUGCUACACUUCAGAAGCACAAAGGAUUCGCUUUUGUGGAGUUUGAAGUGCCCGAAGCAGCCUCUUUGGCAUUGGAACAAAUGAAUGGGCAUACGUUGGCAGGGAGAACCUUGAAGGUUGGACGACCAAGUAAUGCUCCUCAGACGGGUAAUCUAGAAACCGAGCUACGGUCGGAUGAGAAUACUCGAUGUCGAGUGUAUGUUGCUUCAGUUCAUCCGGAACUGACAGAAGCAGAUAUGCAAACAGUGUUUGAAGCUUUCGGGAAGGUCGAAGAAUGUGUACUGUAUCCAGAUCCGAAAUGUCCUGGACGGCAUCGCGGCUUUGGUUAUAUUUAUUUUCAUUCGGAAGAGGAAGCCAUCGCAGCCGUAACAAGUAUGAAUGGCUUCGACCUUGCCGGGCUUCAGCUCCGUGUUUGUCGAGCCAUAACCCCAAGAGGUUCGCCUUUACCCUUUGAGGCCGCCGCUGCCGCAAAAAGUGGAAAUUCGAGUAGUGUCACUCAAGCCUCUGUAUCAGCGGUCGCUUUGGCUGCUGCCUCAAUAUCGGCCAAAGUGAUGUCCAUGUCAGCCGAAGAGGCGGUUUCCGGAACUGUUGUCUCAGACACAACGAAAUCCAAUAAUACUGGUUUUUCGGGCCCUCCACUUCCGGUGCCCAACCUUCCUCCUCCGGGCGUUUUUGUUCCGACAACCCUGGGUACGGCACCACCCGAUGAGCAGCAACAAGCAGCUGAAGAACCUGGCUCGGUCACCACCACGUCCAUGUGGGAAGACGAUGAUGCCGCCAUUCCGACUUUCCCUUCGGAGCUUCCUUUACCACCAGUGGCUGCCGAGUCUUCGCAUGAAACCGAAGAAAACAACGAAGAUACAUCCGCGUUCUUGUUUGAAGCACCUUUAUCCAGAGUCUUAUUGUUGGAGAACAUGGUGAGUGCCGAAGAAGUGGACCCAGAUCUGGAGGGAGAAGUGGCAGAAGAGUGCUCCAACUUUGGACACGUUCUACGCGUUUUCGUUCACGUCAAAUCGGAUGUUCGUAUAUUUGUACAUUUUGACCGGUCUGCUUCGGCGCAGGCGGCGUGCGAAUCGUUGAACCAGCGUUUUUUUGCUGGCCGAGUUGUUCAUGCAAAGUUAUAUGAUGAAGAGCGCUUCCAACUUCACGAGUUUGACGACUAGGCAUCUCAGUGAACGUACCGUUCCACGUUGUCCAACUGCGCCGGAUGUUAUUCGGACCCCGUCAAGUCUCACACCUUUGUACAUAUGUUCUCUCAUUCUUGAUAUGCCAUGGUGCGCAUUCUUGUUUCACAAUAAACUGCGCUAACUGUUUAAUCGUG